AUGGCACACGUAGGCCACAGGGUGGAUUACCUGGCCGGCUUCUGCUGCCCGGUGGGGGGGCUGGUGGCGGGCAAGCCCCGGGUGCUGUGCCACGAGAACGAGAUCUACCUCUCCAACGGCAGCGAGUUCGUCUACGUCUACGACCAGGAGGGGAAGGUGCUGAAGGCCGUGUACCGCUGCCCUGACCAGGUGUGGCACGUGGAGCUGCUCCCCCAGCCCCGGCAGCUCUACAUCCUCUGCGCCCACAGCGGCAUUUACUGCGUCUCCCUGGACCAGCAGAGCAGGUUAAUGGAGCAGACGGAUGGCGACGGCCAAGAAAGCAAUUGCCCUUCCGGCGUCUUCCCUGUGGAUUCGGACGCCUGCAUCUUCCCAGACUCCAGCCUGUGCAUGUUCACUCUGCUCAACAACUUCGUCAUCACCUUGUCCCAGGCUCACGGCAAAUGGUGGAUGAAACUGCACGAGCUUCCGCACCCCGAGCAGGAGAGUCCCCCGUACCGGCAGGUCAGCGAGGUGGGCUUCUGCCCCGGCCCCCAGCCCGGGGACGAGGGGGACAGCCCGCCCUCCCGCUUCCUGCCCGUCCUGUGCUGCGCGUCCUCCCCAGGCACCGUGGGGUCCGGGGAGGGGCUGUGGUGCUCGGGGGGCUUCGUGCUGGAAGAGCCCCUCUUCAGCCUGCUCUUCGGGAUCGACGCUGCCAUGCUGGAGUCUCCUAUGAUCCUCUGCGGCUUCCCGGACGGACAGCUCUGCUCCGUGCCGCUGAAGGCCCUCAGCAAUUCACCGGCUGUCGACGGCUGCCACGACGUUUCGAACCAAGAUCCCCCCGUGAAGAUCCUCCAUCAUUUGGAAGAGCCCAUCGUCUUCAUCGGGGCCUUGAGAACGGAGCGGAGGGCGGUGGAGGAUGCUGAGGACGAGCAGCUCUUCGGAGACGCUGGCUGUGACUGCGUGGUGGCCGUGGGCCACUACGGGAAGAUGGUGGCCGUCAAGGCGGAUCAGAGGGAGGAGGCGACGGUGCCGGAGCUCAGGGAGUACUACUUGCGCGGGCCCAUUCUCUGCGCCGCCUGCGGCAGCGGCAGCCGGAUGUAUUACAGCACGCACUCGGACAUCUCCGCCGUCGACCUGGACUGGGUCGGCGAUUCCUCCGACCCCGAGGACGCGGAGAGCUACACCGGCGUCCUGCCUCCCGUCCUGUCUCCGGCCAGUUUAAGUAUCUGUAGCGUUGUGGCUCUUUCCUUGUCUUCUCGGGCGUCAGAAGGUACUGCCGGCAGCGGGGCGUGCGCUGGGUCUUGGGGUGGAGCGGGGCAGGAUAGCUGCCUAUUCCGGCCCCAUGCCGACUCGGGCUGA